CCCAAUGUCACCUCGUAUAUAGCAACCUUGUUGGAAAUUGGAGUAGUCGCUCGAGUGCUUUAUUUUCCAUCUUGCCCAAGCUCAAGGAAGUUCCUCAAGGUCCAACUUAUGAUGACUUCCUCAACGCCCUCACAGCCCCGCAUGAGGGAGCUUGACCUUCUCAACAAAGUCGCCGCCAUAAGCGGUGCCUCGCGUGGAAUUGGACGCGCCAUCGCAUUGAAUCUCGCAUCACGCGGAUGCUCAAUAUUGGGAACAUGCAGCAUCGAAUCCAGCGUCGACAGCAUCACAUCGACACUCGACAGCGAAGUAAGCCGCAUUUUCGUAGACACUAAUUGCCACCGCCCUCCGUCUCUCCGAAUUCAAGGCCUAGUCGCCGACAUCUUCUCCGCAGACUGCGCCACGACCAUUGCCAAUGAACUCGAGCGUUCCUUCGGCAGCCGCGUGGAUAUCUUCGUGAGCAAUGCAUGCGAUCCCAUGCCCGGCACCAUUGGUGAGAUGACUGUUGAUGAGGUCCAGCACAGUCUACUUGGCAAUAUCCAGACUCCUGUACUCAUUGUUGAUGAGCUGGUCAAGAGACACCUGUUCCAGCCUGGAAGCCGCAUCGUCUAUGUCUCGUCUGUUCGCGCGAGACAGCCGUGGAGCAUGCAGUUGAUGUACGCGGCAGGGAAGUCGGCGGGGGAGUCGUUGUGUAGGACUUGGGCCCAGGCUUUUGGGGGGAAGGAGGAGAAGUAUUCGUUUAUGACGGGAACAACGGCCAACGCUGUGGCUGUUGGUUUAACAGAAACGGAGGCAGUCACAAAUUGUGGACCCGAGGCAGUGGAGAGAUUCAAGACGGAGUUCAUGCCUUUGCAGAGCAUCCCCAAGUUCGGUCAGCCUGAGGAUGUCGCCGAUGUGGUAGGUCUGCUUUGCAGUUCGGAUGCAAGAUGGAUCACGGGAUGUGUGGUCAGCGCGAGCGGUGGUGGGAUCAAGAUCGGGUAGCUUGUAAUAUUUUCUUUAGUUGUGUUAAAAAGAGACGCAUCUGCAAUCCAUUGGUUAAUUCGACGAUAAUGAUAUAUGAAAAUGGGGGUUGAAAAGCUUCGG